ACGAAAAUAUUGAUUCACGUUGACGACGUGAAGCAAACGUUAUUUUAAUUAAAUGAAUGUGAAUUAACGCUAAACUGUUCACUGAAUGUCGUUUCUGUUCUUUCUUUCCUUCUCUCGUACUCGCAUAUUGUGAAGUUUAAUUUAACUAUACGGAAAACGGAACAUGUAAGCGAUUUGUUGAGAGAAAGCCUCUUCGAAACGACAUCCAUUGCAAUAAUGUAUACCAAUUCAACCAGCAAUCAUCUACACAAUUUCUCUAUAAAUUGAGUAAACCUUGGCAAUGAAAAUUCAUUCUUGGUUCUUUCUUAGACCCAACAACGGAUAAUAAAAAGAGAUUUCAUCUCUCUUGUUACACAUUUAUAACCGACAAUUAACAACAUAUAACGUUCGUGUGUUCAGUUAUAGUCAAUACUUUCGAGUGAUGAUUUUUAGUCUUAUUCGUAACAUACAUACAUGGUGGAUAUAUGGUGUUUUCUUCGACGUUAAACCGUUUUCUACUUGAGGUGCAUCAAUUCUUCUAUUUUAUCAUUGUGCAUCUACGGUGAACGUAUAUGAAAAAGGCGUUAGAUAAAAAUCUCAGUUGAUCGCCAAAGAGGAAAAGACAAUUAUUCGUUGAGUUAUUUUGAAAAUUUCUUCGUUACAUUUUUUUUUGUCCGUAUUCCUUUCUCAAUUGCUGCACGUAGCACCGAUCAUCGCGUCUGCUAUUAAUUGAUUAAUAAGGUGAACAAUUUUUUCUAAAAAAAAAGUGUCGCGGAAUUUUACGAUUAAAAAAUUAUUUUUUCUUAACAAUUUGAAAAUGUUCAUUUAACUAAAACAACGAAAAGAAUUUAUGUUUGACGAUAAAUAAAAUCUAUGUGUCUGAUAUCACUGUGGACAGUUAUUUAAACAUUGUUCUAUUCGGACAUCUAUUUGGAUUACAAUUUUGACUGCAUAUUUUUGUGACUAAUCAAGAUGUGGCUGUGGAAUAUAACGAUUGCUGUUGUUGUACUGCUGGAUGUUAUAUCAGGACUUGAACAACACCCAGCAGCAGCAGUCAAAACUCGACAAAAUAAAGCAAUAUCAGCGAAUUGCCCACGAUCAUGUCCCACAAUAAGUACACCAAACGAACCAGUAUGCGGUUCAGAUGGCCUCAUUUAUGCAAAUGUCUGUGAAAUGAAGAAGAAAACAUGCUCCCGGAACGGAGUUGUCGGUGUAACGGAAGACCCAGCAGGAUGUGAACGUUCGGAAGGAUCGGUGUGUUUGCAUAGAUGCCCAACCGAAAAAGAUCCCGUCUGUGGUACGGAUGGUCGCACAUAUUUGAACAAAUGCAUGCUUCGUGUCCAGGCAUGUCGUGUUGGUACCUCUGCCGUUUCUUUAGCUCAUGUCGGAUCGUGCAGCAAUACCAGCGCUAUUCGCGAAUCAUGUCCAGUUGAUUGUAAUAGUGCUCCGAAAGAUGGUCCUACUUGUGCUUCCGACGGAAAUGUUUACAAUUCAACAUGUGAGAUGAAACUACUAACAUGCGGUCAAGGUGUUGUCAGAACGAAUCGUAAACAUUGUCAGAGUACACGAAUGUGCCGAGAGUCUUGCUGGAGAGUUGCACGACCCACAUGCGGAUCCGAUGGUCGAUUAUAUGCUUCAGCUUGUAAAAUGAGGGCAACAAACUGCGGGAAACACAUUUUCGAGGUACCAAUAUCGUUCUGUAUGGCGCAGGAACGUACUGGUACAGCUGGAAACCAAAUUGACGACUGUCCGACAGAUUGCUCGAAAACCGAGCAGAAAAUGGUCUGCGGAAGCGACGGGAACAUUUACAGUUCCAGUUGUGAAUUAAAGAUGUUGAAUUGUGGUACACAAAGGAAGCAGAUCCAAAGUGUAUCCAUGGAUCGUUGCAAAUUACGGUUGAAUCGCUGCGCACAGAUUUCGUCAUGUCAAGAGAAGUACGCUGGACUAUUAUCAAGUCGAAGCGACUCAUUCUGUGGAACUGACUCCAAAACAUACAAAUCGGAAUGUGAACUUGCGCAGGCAACAUGUUUACGAGGAGUAACUCUAGCCCACAUUGGCGCAUGCACCAAGCUUAAGUCGACGGUUUUCGAAUGCAACGAGAAUUGCACCGACGACGAUAAAGUCACGGGUCCAAUAUGCGGUUCUGAUGGCAACGCUUAUCGUUCUAUGUGUGAAUUAAAAGAAAAAACAUGUGGCAGUCGUGUCGUACCAGUUUCGCUAUCAAACUGUCCUACAACAGCGGCCUGCAAUGCCAACUGUGACACCGAGCAAAAGAGCUAUGUUUGUGGAUCCGAUAACAAGUUUUACCGUACCGAAUGUCAAAUGAAAAAAGACAACUGCGGAAAACAUAUAUUCGUUGUGCCAUUGAAACGCUGUCUGACCUCAUUUUCGUUUAAGGGUUGCAAUCGAAUGUGUCCCCAAGAUUUCGACCCCGUUUGUGGUACCGACAGUAAAACCUAUUCCAACGAAUGCUUUUUGGCAAUCGAAAAUUGCCGUUCGCGUAGUUUAGUUCAGUUACGGCAUUACGGAGCUUGCAACAAGCCUGAAGAACCAUCACAGAACUAUUUGUAUUAAGUGUUUAAGAUAACGGAUAAUUAACGUUUGCGUAAAAAGAAAAAUUUGCGAGAGGAGCUGCUUUUACACGGAAAUUUAUUCUUUGGAUCAUCAUUGUACAAGUCUUGAAUGUAUAAUUGUUGAUAGGUGAUAAGUUGUCGGUACACAAAUUUUGUACGAAAAUGUUUUUGUCGGGUUUUAGACUGGAUUACACAAAAUAAAGUCUGCACUAUCGUAUCGUACACAUUUAAGCAGGGGUGUACAUCACUGACUGAAAUGAAAUUCAACUGGAAACAUUAUUAGGACCAUUUGUCACUUUUUCACUUUUUUAAGCUAAAACAGCGGAAUAUUGCCAUAUAUUCUGCCGAAGUUUCACUUCACUCAGUGUAGUAUGCGGUGCUUUUUAAAUAAAUUAAUCGAAAACUCAACUUCGUUUGCUAUACAUAAACUCUAAGUAAUUUGUAAGUAAUUUAUUUGUUAUUUAUUAUGUUCCACUCUUUUAUACGUCGACUCUACGAAUCCAUUCAAUAAAAUAAAUUCGAAAAAUUUU